UGGUAACGAAAAUAUUUCGUCGAUGGUGCAGUCAACUGCAGCCAACGUGAUCAGGGAAUGCCUAAAUAUUUUUGAGGACCAUUUUUGCCAGAAAUGGGUGAAUUUUAGGAGAAACAUCGAUGAGGAAAAUGCAGUUAAAGAAUAUUUCUUUGAGAAAUACGGAAUACCUGGGGUUAUUGGUUGUGUUGAUGGAACACACGUUCGUAUUAAGUCGCCAGGAAGUGACAACCACCUCUUAUACCUCAACCGCAAGCGUUUUUACAGUCUUAAUGUAAUAGCGAUAUGCGAUCACAACAUGGUAAUCACAUUUGUUGACGCUAGGCAUCCAGGGGCGAAUCAUGAUUCAUUUGUUUGGAAUAGUUGCGUUCCAGAUGCUUCACGAAAUUCACGAUUUGCAGGAACAGCUGUUUUCCCCAUUAAUAAACCUUAUGGGACUUCCUGUAAAAACCUGCAAAUCGUGAAGCAUCUGGAACGCAACUAAUGUGGGUCACGCAGAACAGGAGCUAAAAUCUGAUUAUAACAAUGGAAAAACCAACACAUGGCUACACGCCAUACUUGAUGACGCCAUUCAGAAGCACAGCCGAUGAAAUUCAACGAAUUUACAACACAAAGCACUCGAAUGCUCGUAAUGUAAUUGAGAGAUGUUUCGGUGUUUUGAAAAACCGAUUUCGAUGUAUAAUUGGCUCGAGAGGGCUACACUAUUCACCAGAAAAAGUUACACAAAUUGUAAAUGUGUGCUGUGCUAUUCAUAACGUUUGUAUAUUUUUCAAACAUCAAAUUCCAUUGGAGAGCCCAGAUAUGGAGAAUCUUGUUAGUUACGAAGAACUUGAAAACAGUAACAUUUCGAAUACAGCUGCCCUUAUUAGAAUGAGAGUAGCAGAGAGUUUGUUAUAAACGCAGUUUUAUUAUAAAGUAUGUGUGUCUAGAUUUGAGGUACACCAGCAAAAUUCAUUUGUCUUAAAAUUAAUAAAAUAUUUACAUAAAAAUUCAACAAAAUAUCUUUUCAGUCUUAAAUCCUAAAUCUACAUAUAAACUAAGU